GCUCCGCGUGCAGCUCUACUGGCUGUGCUCGCGCUACUCUUUGUGCCACUCAAGAGCGGUUCCGCGUGACUCUGUGAGAUCCAGGUGCCGGGCACGCGCGCUUUCAGCGGAUCCCACGAGCCAAAGUUUAGACGGAGAGCAUUAUCAGAAUAGAGGCCAUGGCUCUCCACGCGCGGAGCCUUUACCUGUGGAUGCUGGCUCUGUGCGCGCCACCGAUGAUCGGGGCAGACUGCGGGAAGGAGUGCGCGCUCUGCGUGGUCCGUCUGCAGCGGCAGCCGCCUGCGUCCUCAGCUCUGGCAUGCUCACUGGAGUGUGGGGGAGGGCUGGACAGCCAGAGACUACGACUGUGCCAGGACUUUCUGCUGGGGGAGGGGAGAAAUUUUCUUCUGGAUGCUGACCUUCAAACCCCGCAGAAGGGUGAGGCCGCCAUUAUGCCGGAUGAAGAUGCCGCAGCACCCCCCCAGGAAAUGGAUCAGAAGUUUAACAGCUUUAAAAAACGCUAUGGGGGUUUCAUGUCCCGACGCUCUCCUACCCCCGUGGGGGACCUGGACGACGCAGAGAACCAGGAAGAGGAGGAAAACAUCCGCUUGGAGAUCCUGAAGCUCUUCAGCACAGCGGGAGAACAUAGCCGAGAGAGGGACGGUCAGGGGGGGGGAGCCGUGAAGAGGUACGGAGGUUUUAUGCGUCGAGCUGAGGGAGGGGAGGGCACAGGUAGCCUGCUGGAGGCGGUGUUAGAUCGGGGGCUUAAGAAGCGCUAUGGAGGCUUCAUGAGGCGCGUGGGGAGGCCGGAGUGGCUGGUGGACGGCAGCAAAAAUGGGGGGGUGUUCAAAAGGGCCUGGGAGAAUGGAAGUGGGCUACAGAAGAGGUAUGGGGGUUUCAUGGAUUAGGAGGUACCUGCACCACCCAUGCUGACACCACCCAAACAUCUGCUUUGAUGUAAUGUGUUUGUGCUCAUUUUAUUGUUUCACUGUCCUGGAAUGACCCUAAUAUAAAAAAAACACUUCCCUCCAUACUUUCAUGAUAUUAUUUAUUAAAAGAGUCUGUUGAUUGAUGUGUUCUUCUUGAGUUCGUGAUUUCUGAAAUCAGUUCAGGAGUGAAAUGAUGAAGAUGUUCUAAUGAUGAUCUUAAUUACUAUGCACUAGGACUUUUGACCAUGUUAGAAGCCCAGCUGUGCUGCAGAAAACUUCAGUUUGAUUAGAAUUUUUUUAUGACAUUUGCACCAAAAUAUCUAAUGAUUUUCUUAAAGCUUUGGCCUCACACUGAAAUCAGACACGUGUGAAUCCUCUGUGAGCUCAGUCAGCUUUGAAACCUUUCACAACCUUUGCAUAAUUCCUGACCUUCCUCUUUUCUGUAUUCAAUAAAUAGAAAUCACAUCUGA